CCUGAUCUCACACUGACAAACUCAAACCUCUGGACACAAAGAAACUGCCACACACAGCAGGUGUGCAGCUCCACAUGACACACAGUAGUCUGGAGUAAGGAACAGAGUCUCGGACAGAAGAAUCUAUUACAGGACAAUGAACACACAAAAACAAUGAUCAACUGAAGACUGAAAAAAGAGAUGAAGGAGAAAACACAACAUCAUCAUGUCCGGGAGAGAAAGCAGAGGUUCAGCUGAGAGUGAAGAUGAACUGAGGAUUGUUCUUCUGGGGAAAACUGGAGUUGGUAAAAGUUCAACAGGAAACACAAUCUUAGGAAGAGAUGCAUUUAAAGCAGGCGCAUCUACAGAAUCUGUUACUGAAAAGAGUCAGAGAGAAACAUCUGAAAUCAAUGGCAGACGCAUCACUGUGAUCGACACUCCAGGACUGUUUGAUACUGAACUCAGUAAUGAGGAGAUACAGAGAGAAAUCAGACACUGCAUCUCCAUGAUUCUGCCUGGACCACAUGUGUUCAUCAUCGUGCUCAGUAUAGGACAGAGAUUCACUGAAGAGAGUGAAACAUCAGUGAAGAUCAUCCAAAAAAUGUUUGGUCAAAAUUCUUUAAUGUUUAUUAUAGUGCUUUUUACCAGAGGAGAUAAUCUGAAGAAUAAAACCCUUGAUCAGUGUUUGGGUAAACCUGGAUCUGUGGUCAGAAAACUGCUUGAAACUUGUGGAAACAGAUUCCAUGUGUUCAACAAUAAUCAGCCUGAAGACCGAACACAAGUGUCUGAACUACUGGAGAAGAUAGACAACAUGGUGAAGGCAAACGGAGGAAGCUUCUACUCAUGUAAGAUGUUCAGAGAGAUGGAGAGAGAAAAACAACAACAGCAGAUGAAGAUCCUGAUGGACAGAGUCAGAGAAAUAGAAGGAGAGAUAAAGAAACUAGAAGAAGAAAAAGACAGAAUGAAGAUGAUGAUGGAGGAGGAAAAACAACAGAAUCAGGAGGAAGAAUCAAAGAGAAGAGAAGAAGAACUAAAAAGACUAGAAAAACAAAAGCAGAUUUUAGAUGAACAGAUUCAGAAAUUAAAGAGUAAAAUGGAGAGAAUAAUCAUAGAGAGAGAGAAAAAAGAAAAAGAGAUGCAAAAACAACUAGAUUACUUUAAAAAGGGCCUGAGUGAAGAAAGAAAAAAUAGAGAAGAUCAACAAAAAACUUUUGAAGAGAAACUGAAACUCCUCGAAGAACAGCAUGAAGAUGAACUGAAGAGAAGUAUGGAGUGGAGAGAGGAAUAUGACAAAGAGAAAGAGAAGAUGAUGAGGAAAAUUCAGUCUGAAACUGAUGAUUCACUACAGGUUGCAGCCUACAGGAAACUGGAGACCGUAUACACCGAGUGGUCCUGGAGUCUCCACAAUGCCAUGAUGGAAAUUGAGAACAAACUACACAACCAAAUAGAAAAUGAAGCAAUUCAUGAGGUUGAGAAGGCUGAUCUUCACAGAGAACUGAAGACGACCAGUGAAGAAGUGGAAAAAUCCAUGUCAGAGUUCUUUGAGAAAGACACAGAUAAAUAUUUACUGAUUCAGUGGAAAACAUCAUUUGAAACCAAAAUCGAGGAGCUUCAGAAGAUCAUUGUAAGAGAGACAAAGAGGAAAUUAAGUGCAAUUCUUCAGCAGCGAGACCAAAAGAAAAUUAUUGAUUCUAGAAGGACACAACAUGAAAACACUCUUUAUGAAAAGUGCAAAGAACUGGCCUCCAAACUCAAAGAAAACUAUGAAAAAACAUUGAAGGAAAAGUUUGAUUUGUUUUGGGAGGAAAAUAUAAAGGAGAUCAUCACAGACACUCCUUUAAUUAAAGACAUCGACAUAAUGAAAGAUGUGAGAGAGAUCUGUAAAAAUGUUAAUUUAAGUAUUUCUGUAGAUGACUGCAGGGAGAACAGGGAUAUAUUUACAGUGAAGAGUUAUUCAGAUUAUGUAUUGUCAAAUAAAUCAAGUGGAUUUACAGGAGGUUUACUAAAAGCUUUCAUGUCUGCUAUUGCGAUGUUUCAUUGUUACAUCCAGUCUAAAGAUGACAAAAUCCAGAUCAGAUCAUUAGUCUCAGAUGUUGCUCAUCAGACAGACAGAAUGAUUCAGUCAUUUAACAUUGCAAAGUUGGGCUACAACAUCAGCCUCAUUCAACAACUCAUAUAUUACAUCAGGGCUAUGCUUAAAGAAUACCAGGAAGGAGCAGUGAAAUAUGUGUUCAAGGAUAAGUUCUUCAUUGAUUUGGUUUAUUCAAUCUGUAAAAGAGCAAACAAGACGAUCACUGACCAACACAGUCUGUUUAGAGAAGACAAUGAUCCAGAAAUAUACCUAAAGAAGAAGAGAGAGGAAUACCAUAUUAUUUUCCAGAAAUGCUGCGAUGAAGCAAAACCAGCUGCCAUUUUUGCUGAGAUCAUCUGUCAGAAACUGAAGGAGCCCAUUGAGCAGAGCAUCUACAAGAAAACUGCCAGAGAUUUAGCAGAUGAACUGAGAUCAAACUGUGAAUCACUGAAUGGAAACAGAUCAAAUCUGGAGAAACACAUCCUGAAGACACUGGCAGAAGAGGAGGACUUUGACAAAUACAUGAACUACAUUGAACAUCCCAGAAAUCACUACAAGAGUUUCAUCAGAGAUGAAGUCAGUCGCUACAUCAGAGAUAAGUUCAGCAUCAGUGUUUUACCCAAGAUGGAGGAGAACAUUAAACUCCUGCAGCAGAAGAUCAUGAACGCAGCACAUCAAUCUACUGAACAUGUUCAACUCAACAGUGGAGAUGUUGGUUUGUGGUUGAAGAGUUUCACACAGCAGCUCUCAGAUCAGCUGAUCUUCUCUGAAAAAGACCUCAGUGGAGUCAAACAUGAUGAUGUUGAUGAUUUCAGACUCCUAGAAGAUGUGAUCAGACAAGAGCUUACAGCUGUAAUGUCAGACAUCAGCAGCAGAUUCAACACAGACACAUUUCCAGUAAAGCUGGACUAUAAGUUCAGGCCAGAAGAGCUUCUGAUUGAUCACUUCUGUCAGUGCUGUUGGGUUCAGUGUCCAUUCUGUGGAGCCACUUGCACAAACUCCACAGAGGACCAUCAUGAAGAUCACAGUGCUCUUUUCCACAGAGUGAGAGGGAUUGUUGGUCAACUUUACUCUCACACACAGAAUCUCUGUGCUGAUAUUUGUACAAAUGUAGUGGCAAGUGAUCACACUUUUUCUGCACCAAAUGGAAAUGGAAGAGCUGGAAGAGUUUAUGCAGACUGGAGCAUCACUCCUGAUCUCUCUGAACUGCCCUACUGGAAGUGGUUUGUGUACAGAUUCAAGAAAGAUCUGGAAAAAUACUACAGUAAAACAUUUGAGGAAAGCGGUGCGAUUCAAGUUAAAUGUAGAAUAUACCCAAAACACCAUGCUAUUACUAGUUUAGAUCAAUACAUGUAAUGAAGCAGAGAAGCACACACACACACAGCAUUUUAUUCGAAGAUAACUUGUGUUUUUGGGUUUUCAGCAAGAGAAGAUAGAAGAUCUCUGUGGUUCUGUCUUCUUGUGUAAACAACAAAUUAUUAUAGCAAGAAUAAAGCACAACUGUCCACAAUUCCUAACUGCAGUCUAACCCCUGAAAUAUUUAUUUAGGUAUAAACAUCUCAGGAGGUUCAGAUUCACUCCAGACAGAGUCAAACUAAUGAACUGAUUCAACUCACCUGCUUCAAACCAUUUAUUCUCUAUUUAAAGAACAAAGUAAAACUUGUUCAUAAAACAGAUUUUGUUGGAAAUUAAUGAAAGGUAUUUGAAUAAAACAGACUUUGUAAACAUGUGUUCUGCGCCACAUCUGGAUAUGAAUGUGAUUAUCUUUGAGCUUCAUUAAAACACAUGAACACUUGCAGUAACUCUCACCUGAACAAACUGUCAUAAAUUCAUUCACACAUUAAAAUCAGUCAACA